UCUCCUGCACACGGCGGUCAGAGCGCUGUGUUUUCCGACAGUCGGCGCGUCACCCGGCAGAGGUCACGUGGUGCGGAUGACAGGACUCGGGGGGCGGGAGUGUCAGCUCUGUAUUCACUUUUCCCGCGAAAAAACAGCGAGGUUGUGAUCGCGGCCGGCGGGAGGGAUCUCUGGAUUCAAGCGUUUAUUUUUUGUUACCGUUUGAAGAUGCAGCGGACUAUAAAGUCAUUUUUUCAGCCCAAACCAGGAGGGGCUGUAAAGAAAGAAGAGGGAAAAACAGAAGAUCAUGGUUCUCAAAAAGGGAAAUGUUCUACCAGUAAAAAUGCCAAGGAACAUCCAUUAAAAGAGAGAAAUGGUACAGCCCCGACUGAUGAUUCUGCAUCUCCUGUAAAACGUAUUCCAAGGAAGACUGUACGGAUAUUAGACAGUAGUGAUGAUGAAGAGGCUAUGGAUGUUGAAACCACAAAAAAGGCAAAAGAUGACGUUGAAACAGUUCAAAAGGCAAAGCCAGCUACUCCACCAGUUUCCACUGGUGGGGAAGGUACCUCUGUCAGAAGUGGGGGUUCCAGUGAAAGAUCAGCCAAUUCUGCUUCACCAGAUGUUUCUAUAACUUCCAAUAUUCCCAAACGCAAAACAGCUCGCAAGCAGAUAACCAAAAGAAAAUUAGAAAAUGCCUCAACAGAGCCCGAUAAACAAAAUCAACAAUUAAAUGCCAAAGAAGAAGUUGCGAAGCGCCAAAAGAAAGAAGCAGAUGAUGGAAAGUCUCCUAUUAAAUCGGGUGAAGAGACGGAACAAUGUACCAUGGACACAUUACCUGAAAAUACAAAAGAAAUGUGUAAGCUGAAAGCUGUUAAAAAAUCUGAAGUUAAGUCUGAACCUGAAGAAGAGACUGAGCAAUGUACCAUGGACACCUCACCUGAAAAGACUGAAGAAAAAAAUGCAAGCCCACCUUCUAGCAAAUCAAAAAAGGGAAACAAAGUGUCAGAAAAAUUCUUCGAAAAGAAGGGUAAAGCUUCAGGAAAAAAGGAUAAAAAAGAAUCUAAAAAAGAAAGUUCUGAAAAAAACGUAGAGGAAGAAAGUAAAGUCUCUGAAAAACUUCCUGUAAAAGAAGAGUCUGAAAAGUCUUCGGAGCAGUCCUCUGCUAAUACUCCUGCAAAGCCCACAAAAAAUAUUUCAAGUUUCUUUGGAGGCAGCAAGCAAGAUGAUUCGGACAAACAGGCAGAUUACAAUCCAUCAAAAAGUCGUUAUCAUCCAGUAAAUGAUGCCUGCUGGACUAAUGGCCAGAUGGUUCCUUACUUGGCAGUUGCACGCACAUUUGAAAUGAUAGAAGAUGAAUCUGCACGCUUAAAGAACAUUGAGACACUUAGCAAUUUGCUGCGUUCUGUUAUCUGUCUGUCUCCGGGGGACCUUCUACCUUGCAUCUACCUGUGUUUGAACCGCCUGGGUCCUGCUUAUGAAGGGCUUGAACUUGGUAUUGGUGAAACUAUAUUGAUGAAAGCUGUUGCACAAGCGACUGGACGUCAGUUAGACAAAAUUAAAGCGGAGGCACAAGAGAAGGGUGAUCUCGGACUUGUUGCAGAAAGCAGCCGCAGUAACCAGCGCACCAUGUUCACACCCCCAAAACUUACCGUUUUGAGUGUCUUUAAUAAGCUCAAAGAGAUUGCCAAGAUGACUGGUAAUGCUUCGAUGAAUAAGAAGAUUGAUGUCAUUAAAGGCUUGUUUGUUGCGUGCAGAUAUUCUGAAGCACGUUACAUUGCUAGAUCUUUAGGAGGAAAACUUCGAAUAGGAUUAGCAGAGCUAUCUGUUUUGGCAGCCAUCGCACAAGCCGUGUGCCUUACGCCACCAGGCCAAGAGUUUCCUCCAGCUGUGAUAGAUGCUUCGAAGGGAAUGAGCACAGAGGCUAAAAAAGCAUGGGUUGAGGAGCAUUCUUUGAUCCUGAAACAGACGUUCUGUGAGUUACCAAACUAUGAUGUGGUCAUCCCAGCUCUUCUGAAGCAUGGAAUUAAAGAGCUUCCCAAACAUUGCCACCUUACUCCAGGAGUCCCAUUAAAGCCGAUGUUGGCACACCCAACCAAGGGAGUUACAGAAGUGCUGAAGAGGUUUGAAGAAGCUGCUUUUACCUGUGAAUAUAAGUAUGAUGGAGAGCGUGCACAGAUACAUAUCCUGGAGAAUGGAGAAGUACACGUAUAUAGCAGAAAUCAGGAAAACAAUACAUCAAAAUAUCCUGACAUAAUCAGCAGAAUCCCUAAGGUUAAAAAAGAAAAUGUGAAGUCUUGCAUCAUUGAUUCAGAAGCUGUUGCAUGGGAUCCACAGAAAAAGCAGAUUCAACCUUUCCAAGUACUCACUACUAGAAAACGAAAGGAUGUGGAAGCUUCAGAAAUAAAAGUCCAAGUGUGCGUGUAUGCUUUUGACAUGUUGUAUUUAAAUGGAGAGUCUCUGGUUAGAGAACCAUUUUCAAGAAGACGCCAGCUACUAAGAGAGUCUUUUCAGGAGGUGGAAGGAGAAUUCACGUUUGCUACAUAUAUGGACACAUCAAACACAGAUGAAAUUUCAGAGUUUCUUGAUCAGUCAAUUAAAGAUUCUUGUGAAGGUCUGAUGGUAAAAACUCUAGAACAGAAUGCCACAUAUGAAAUUGCAAAGCGUUCUCACAACUGGUUAAAGCUAAAGAAAGAUUACUUGGAUGGUGUAGGAGACACUUUGGAUCUGGUUGUUAUUGGUGCUUAUUUCGGGAAAGGAAAGCGAACUGGAAAAUAUGGAGGCUUUUUGCUGGCAUCAUAUGAUGAAGAGAGUGAAGAAUAUCAAACCAUAUGCAAGAUUGGAACAGGGUUUACAGAUGAGGAUCUGGAAAACCACUACAAUUUCCUAAAGGACAGGGUCAUUGAUGGACCACGCAGUUACUACCGAUGGGACAGUGCAACACAGCCAGACCAUUGGUUUGAGCCUGUGCAAGUUUGGGAAGUGAAAUGUGCAGAUCUUUCAAUCUCUCCAGUUCAUAAAGCUGCAGUGGGACUGGUGGAAGAUGAAAAGGGAAUUUCACUACGUUUCCCACGUUUCCUCCGAAUUCGAGAAGAUAAAAAACCAGAAGAGGCAACAAAUAGUACUCAGGUUGCUGACCUUUAUAAGAAACAACAACAAAUACAGAACACAUCUGCAGAGAAAGGAGAUGAGGAUUUCUAUUAGAUUUGUGGAAAUAGAAGAACUCCAGAAAUGUAUACACUCAUAAAAUGUGCUGGUUUGUAAGGGGUCAAGUCCAAGGAGGUAUAAGCCACCUCAUGGACUCUUCCAGGAGUAUAGCGAUCACUAUACUCGCAGCGCCAUGACAGUAAACACGUCUCUACUUAGCUCCCCUCCAUUCUGCUGCAUAAUCGCAGAAUGUAUUUGUGAAUGGGUUCACAUAGAAUAAAGUGCUCUCUGAUUGGACAGGGCGAGAAGGUAAGAGACCAGAAGUUUGGCGAUAACUAUACUCCCAGCACUCUGUAAACGUGUAAAUGAAAGAGAAGUCCACUAGGUAGCCUACACCUUGUUGGACGUGACCCCUUAUAAGCCUGCACAUUUAUACAUUACUGGAGUUAUCCCUAAACCAUAUGUUUAUGGGGUAAAUUAAUGAAUUUGACUGAAACAUUCUGUACCACCAUUCUCUAAUGUAUCAACCACCAUUCCAAUCGGUAUUGCUGGAUUUCUUGCAAAGAAAUUUAACUUUAGCAAACAUACUCUUUAUACUGGCCUAUGAAUGCUAAAUGUUGGUACUUUAAUUUUUAUUAGAUGUUUUGCAUUUCUACAUAGCAUGAGAAACAUUCGAAAUCUUUUUAAGAGAAUGAAUAAUUUUCAUCUUCACAUCAGCAUACAAUGUUAUGACUGUAUAUUUAUGCUUUUUUCAAGUCAUUUGCUUUGACAUCAUUCCUGUGCAUACUUUUUGUGUAAAGCUGUCCAUACACUAUACAAUCUGAUUGUACAAUCUCCUUUUAGAUUUACCAAAGCGAUGUAGUAGGACACACCAAAACAACCCGUUUACUUGCCAUCAAAUCAGACAGGCCUUUACAUGCCACAUAGUUGAUGUUGGAUCUAAAGAAGAUUGUACAAUCAGAGUGUAUAGUGUAUGGUCGCCUUAAGCAUUGUAUUUUUUUUUUAUAACCUACUACUGAAAUAUUUUUUGAAAAUAAACAAAAUUGUCAGAA